AUGAAUAGUUCUAUAAAAGAUUUUUUUACUACUUGUAGACCUAGUUCUAGUAGUACUAAUAUUAAUAAUCUCGGUGUAAAAUCAGUUGUUGCUACUUCUUCACAAGUUCCUGAUAAAAGUGUUUUAUCAGUCAAGUGUUCUACAAGUACCAAUGACUCUAAAGAAACUGAAGACAACAAUCAUAGCAUUUUUGAUAUAACGGCAUAUAUUGGUAAACAAAUGUCCAUCUAUGAAAAACUUGAAGCGCUUAAUACAAUUUGGAUCCCAGGUAAAAACCAUAAUUUUCCAAUUACACUGCAUGGCAAUAAAAAAUUAAAAUUUCAACUUUCUUGGCUUGAUAAAUGGAAUUGGAUAGCUUACAGUAGUCUAUUUGAUGGUGCUUAUUGUGAAUACUGUGUAUUAUUUGCCAUUAAAAAAGGAGGAAAAGGAGGUCAAUUGCUUGGACAGCUUUGUAGUCAGCCAUUCAAAAAUUGGAAGCACGCUACAGAAAAAUUUAAAUUGCACGAAAGCACUAAUUAUCAUACCAACUGUAUUUUAGAUUUUCAAUCUUUGUCUACUGUAGUUUCAGGGCAAACACCGUCUGUGCACAAUCAACUAAAUAUCGCUUCAAGACAACAAAAAGAAGAUAAUAGAAAAAUAAUUUUGCCAGUUAUAAAGUCUGUGAUACUCUGUGGUCGUCAGGGAAUAUCAAUUAGAGGUCAUCGAGAUUAUGGUCCUUUGGAAUUAAAUGAACCAACACAAAAUGAUGGUAAUUUUCGCGCAAUAUUGAGAUUUUAUAUAAACGCAACUGGAAUAUCGGGAGAUAAUAGCCAUAUAUUAGCUCGAGAAAACUGUAAAAAAAAUGCCCAAUAUAUCAGCUGGAAAAUACAAAACCAGAUUGUUGAUGCUUGUUAUACAACUGCUGAUAUCUCCGGUAUUGAGCAGUUUUCACUUUGUGCCAGAUAUUUUGAUUCUACUGAUAAAAUAAUUCAUGAGGACUUUUUAAAGUUUGUACCUGUUCAUGAUGUGAGUGGUAGAGCUCUAGCAGACACAAUAAUAAAUGAACUAAAAAGUUUGAACAUAGAUAUCAAACAUUUAAGAGGUCAAGGGUAUGAUGGUGCUGCCACUAUGAGUGGCAAAUUUAAUGGAGUUGCUACAUUAAUUAAAAACAAAUAUCCCACUGCGCUGUAUAUUCAUUGUAGUUCUCAUAACCUUAAUCUUUCAAUAUCAUAUUCUUGUAAUUUACCACAAAUCAGAAAUACUAUGGGUACCAUUGAAAGUGUUUACUUAUUUUUUAAUACACCUAAAAGACAAAAGUUUUUCACUGAACAAUUAGAAAUGUUUAAAAAAGAGGAAAGUAUGAAAGAUGAUGGUUGUCAUUCAAAAAAANUGGUCGCAUAUAUAAGAGUGUAA